AUGGCGGCCAUACCAAUGGCGCCAACAAUGGCUGAGCUUGACUCUCUGCUGCUGCACGGGUCGAGCUUCUCGAGCACCACUCCGACGGACCCGUCUUCGGCCAACUCGGCGGCGUCCUUGAGCUCAACUCCUCCGACUACCGUGUCACCCGACAGCAUGUCCCUCGCCUCAGAAUCGGACCCCCCUAAACCCGAGAGCGUUGCCGCGUCUACCAUUGAGGCCGUCAUCCCUACCCCUGAAACACAGCAGAUUGAAUCCGAGCAACGAGAGUCUGGCCAGCCGACACCGGUAGACGACGACGCCAUCGUGGUGGCCGAACCAGUUCUCCCUGCCGAACCACCGUCCACCAGCCGCCCACGACGAGCCCGAUCAAGUUUUCCGGUCUAUAACAUUGCCAAGCUUGCCGGUACCGACGUGCACGGGAGACGAAGGUCCAAGGGAGAUGCAGUACAAGAGAAGAGGCGUCGCACUAUUUCGGACGGGACGCUCGUACCCCCUGCCAGUUCCAGCGCGAAUGACUGGGUCGACGCGUUGGUGAACACAAGCCAGGCUGCCCAAGGAAAAGCUGACGCGUCCAGCACCAAUCGCUCGGCCGCAGUUCUCAACACGCCAAGAAGCGCGCGGAUCGCGAAAAAGGUCCCAUCAAGUCCAGCUGCGAGCCGUUUGACGCGUCGCGCGACGCGUCUUUCCGGUGCGUCUGCUGAGAAUGUCGUCACCAAGCUCUCGGCGCUCAGCAAGCGAGGCAAGAAGGCAGUCGAGAAGGGCGUGGGCCGGUUGACACGAGAGCUCAAGCGGCUGCAAGAUACGAACGAGUAUGCCCACAUUGACACGCGCCCUGUGCGGUACACGGUUUGGAGCAAUGGGAAAUAUGUCGACAUCGACCCUACACAGGACCCCCCUGCGCCAGAGCCUCCACGGAAGAAGGCCAAGGUCGAUGAGAAUGCCGCCGGUAACGACGAGACAAAGCCUGAUGAGGAUAAGCAAGAAGAAGGCGCGCCGGCAGCCAGAAAACCGCGCGUGAAAAAGUGGCUCGAGAAGGGACUCUACGCUGGGCAGGAAGCGCCCGUAGAUAUCUUCAAGGGGCUGACGUCGCAGGAAAAGAAGAAGCUCGCCUCCAUCCCGGAGCUGAUGCCAAGCGGCAAACCAAACCGCGUCCUCCCACAGCCCAUGUACAAUGGCCUGCGCAUCCUCAUCAACGGCCGCGACUUCAAGCUGCCUUAUGAUGUCUGCAACCCUCUGCCGCCUGGCCAACCAAAGCCAGCUGCAUAUCGCACCAUGACCAAGAACCGCUUUGUUGGAAAUGCAGCGGCCUACUGGAAGAAGACACCCCACUUUGAGGACUUUUCGUCCAAGUGUGUCUGCAAGCCCGAGGACGGCUGCGGCGAGGACUGCCAGAACCGCAUCAUGCUGUACGAGUGCGACGAGACCAACUGCAACGUCGGCAAGGCCCAUUGCACGAACCGCUCCUUCCAGGAUCUCCAGGAGCGCACCAAGAAGGGUGGGCGGUAUCGCGUCGGCGUCGAGGUGUUCAAGACGCCCGACCGCGGUUACGGAGUCCGCAGCAACCGUUGCUUUGAGCCCAACCAAAUCAUCAUGGAGUACACGGGCGAGAUCAUCACUGUGGAGGAGUGUGAGCGGCGCAUGAAUGAGGUGUACAAGGACAACGAGUGCUAUUACCUCAUGUCCUUCGACCAGAACAUGAUCAUUGACGCAACCACCGGUAGUAUUGCGCGGUUCGUCAACCACUCGUGCUCACCCAACUGCCGCAUGAUUAAGUGGAUCGUCUCGGGCCAGCCGCGUAUGGCGCUGUUUGCCGGGGAUCGCCCCAUCAUGACGGGCGAGGAGCUCACAUACGACUACAACUUUGACCCCUUCUCGGCUAAGAACGUGCAGAAGUGUCUCUGUGGUAGUCCGAACUGCAGAGGUGUGCUUGGCCCAAAACCCAAGGAGGUCAAGCCGCCUAAGCCGACCAAGGACGAGAAGAAGGCGGUCAAGGCUGCUUCCAAGAGUUCGAUCAAAUCGUCGGCUAAAGGCCCAACAAAGCCUUCAGGCAACCCGCCGGCGAAAUCAUCGGUCAAGCGGAAGCUGAGAGAUGCGUUUGACUUUGACGGCGAUGACGAGGAGGAAGCGAAGACGGCCAAGAAGCGCAAGAUCCAGGCGGCGACUGGCCUCAAGCGGACCGUGUCCUCAACAAGCCUUAAGACGGCAAAGGGAGCGGCAAAGAGAGCAGUCAAGGGCGCUAUCACGAUUAAGCGGACUGUCUCGAGCAUUUCCGUGGCCACAAAGAAGAAGAGGACGGGUUUCCUGGUUGCGUCGUCCAAAGCGGUCGAGGCCAAGGUGACAUCAAAGACCAAGGCAGCAACGAAGACGAAGACGAAGACGAAGACGAAAACCACCAUCCAAAGGACCACCGGCAAGGUCACAAAGAAGACGUACGGCAAGAAAGCCUCUCCCACCUCUUCCGCCACGGCAACCGCCAUGGCGAAAAACAAAAUCGACAUGCCCUCCCGCAGCCCAAGCCUGACCAUCGUUGCAGCCGGCGUGUCCGCCAACCUCUCGACUAGUACUACCACUUCUUCAUCAUCCUCCGCCAAGACAGAUAUCGCCAAGCCCUCAACGCCAAUGUCGUCCUCGACCAAAAAAGCUAUACCGAUGCUGGCCCUCUCGAGCGGGAAAAAGACGUCGUCCCGCAAGGUGACGCCUUCGCGCAAGGCGAUCGAGUCGGGGCUGUCGGUUGGGACACCGUUGCCCUCGUUGUCAAAGUCGGUUGUGAGCAAGGCAAAGGCCGGGCCCGGGGCCGGGGCCACGACGGAAGCUGGUGUUGCAGCCGGCUUGGGGACGCCAGCAGCAGAGGUGAAGAAGACUCCGACGAGGAUAAAAUUGGUGAAUGUUUCCAAGAAGUGA